ACCUCACGGCGCCAUAUUAAAAUGCUCCCUCCUCUUUGCCUGUGAGAUCGUAGCUUAGCAGCAGGAGCAGCUAGCCGCCAGUCUGCUUUUUACAUCCACAAGGCUGACAGAGGGCAACGACGUGAUGGAAAUUGACUCGCUGCAAGAGGCGCUCAGAGAUUUUGACAAGAAAGUAAAGAAGGAGCCAUGUCCUCUGCUGGAACAGUUUCUAUGUCAUAUUGCCAAGACUGGAGAGACCAUGGUUCAGUGGUCUCAAUUUAAGAACUACUUCCUGUUUAAAUUGGAGAAGGUAAUGGAUGACUUUAGAGCCUCAGCACCUGAACAACGAGGUCCUGCAAAUCCCAACGUGGAGUCAAUUCCAUUUGAAGAUAUGAAAGAAAGAAUCCUGAAGAUUGUGAAGGGAUACAAUGGAAUCCCAUUUACGAUCCAGCGCUUGUGUGAGCUGCUCACGGAACCUAAGAGGAACUAUACAGGAACAGAUAAGUUUCUCCGAGGGGUGGAGAAGAAUGUAAUGGUGGUCAGUUGUGUUCACCCAACCUCAGAGAAAAAUGGAUGCAAUGCUGUCAGUAGAAUGAAUGGAGUGAUGCUUCCUGGAAACACAUCUGCUUUUACAGAGAGGAAAGUGAAUGGUCCCGGAACUCCCCGGCCACUGAACCGACCGAAGCUGUCUCUGGCCAACUCCCUGGCAGCUAAUGGCCUGCCAGACAGCACAGACAACAAAGACCUCAACACAGGGCAAGAAGAUGACAAAGACUCCAGUGAAGUUUCAGCGUCGGGAGGUUCCCUGGGGAACUCGGUGAAGAACAAACACCCAGAUGCAGAAGAGGACAUGGAAGCCGAGCAGCAGGAGGUGAAGAGACUUAAGUUCAGCAAAGACGAGGAGGAAGAGGAAGAUGAGGAGGAUGAAGAGGAAGAGCAGGAGUUGGACACACUGAGGCCUUCACAUACCACCUGCCUCUCAAAAGAGGCAGAAGCCAUGGUCCAAGAGGAAGAGGAGAAGGUCGGGUACAGCAAGGAGAAUGAAGCUUCCAGCAGUGCUGCUGCCAGUGAAGACCAAGAACCAACAAGCAGCACCCAGGCUGAGGUGUGUGCAGGCUCAGGCCAGGAGGCCGAGCAGGCUGAGAGGGAGGUGCCCUGCGGCUCCCAAGAGGAGGGCAGUGACAUGGAUCAGACGGAACAGCAGGCACCCGCAGGCAUCCUGGAGAGCCCAGAGACCAGCAGGGACAGUGAAGAGAGCAACAGCGACCCAGUCAGCAGCAGCAGCAGCAGCAGCAGUAGUAGCAGCAGCAGCUGUAGCAUAGAGGAGAGUGCAGAGGCGGCCAGAGAAGACGUAGCGCUCACUCCCUCCAGCAGUACCACUGAACCUCCUACAGAGGGCGCCAUGGAAAGUGCCACCUUGAACACUGGGACCACUGAGGAGCCCAUGGAGCAGGACUAGACUGAGGGCCCCCUUGCAGCCAUGUGUGACCAUAAACCAGCUUGUCCUUGAAUCCAGCUUGACUGACACUGGGAAUGAGGAUAACUGCACCUCGUAUACAAGACGAACGCCUCGUCCCGCUUUUGGACACUCCUCCAAAAUGGCUACCUGGCAUUGAUGUGGGCAUACAAAUAAAUUUUCAUUUGAAUUUUUUUUUCCUCUUUUUAACUGGAACAUUUUAUUGGUUUUCUUAUCCUCUGUUUUUAAGUUUCCCUUGAAAGGGGUUGGUUUCUGGGCUGGAUUUUUUUUUCUUUUCUUUUUUUUUUUUUUUUUUUGUAUGUGAGCAAUGGGAUUGUUCAUAUGCUGGGGUGAUCUGGUUCUUUUCUUAUGCCGCUCACUCUAACCAUUUGGACAAGAUUGGUAGUCUAAGUUUUGUAUCCUUUAAGCCCUUGCUUAAACCACACUACCAGGGUUAGAACAUUAGAACAGAGCCAUACCAGCCCCUCAUUAUUUGAAAUGAUGUGAGCUGCUGCCACCGGGUCUGUUCCUGACUGAAGCUCAUGUUUAAAAAAAAAAAAGAAAGAAAGAAAAAAUGGUUCUUUAAUCCAGCAAUGACCUCAGUGUAACACCCUACCACCACUAUGUUGUUACUCCAUCUGGCUGUUUAGAACAUCCUUUGUUUUAAAAUGUAUUUCCCCAUCCUCACGAGAUGGGGAGACUUUUUUUUUUUUUCUCCAUUGUGUCCUUAUAUUAUUUUAACCAUAUUUUUGCAAUGAUACACUACCAGUCCCACUGAACAGUACUAUGACAUGCUACCUUACUGAGGAGUUUUCUGUAAAAUGAUAUAUUUUGGAUGCAUAAAACCACACACAUAAUUUAUAUGAUCAUUUCAAUUCAAUGAGUUAUUUUGGAGUAUGUUUUUGUUUUGUCUGCCAGUUGUAGUUUCCAAAACCAGCUGUAAGUACAAAGAUGACCUCCGCUUUCUUUGUAUCGUGAUGUCACCAUGUUGUGUCACCGACCGAUUUCCAGAGCAGUUUCUGGUUCCAGUUCUACACCUGUUUCUGCAGCUGUACUUUUUGAUAUUUAGAAUUUUAAAUUUCUGUAAAGUAGAUUUUUGUAGAUUGUAAUACAGUAUGUGUUCACUGCCUUUGUGAAACCAUAUAUUAUUGUAUAAUUUCUGUGUAUACUCUGAACGCAUUUGCUUUCAGUGUGGUAUUCAGAAACAGCAAUAAAUGUUAACAUUUUUA